UGAUAAACAUGGGGAGAUACCUAAAGUGAGCAGGUGGAUGAAGACUAGAGUGGCGGAGGCGUUAUGGAAAGUGGAAACAUUUGCACUAAAUGGUGGGUGGCAGAGAAAUGGAAGGAUAAUCAAUGGUCCAAAAUGUUCAAGUCAUAUUUGAAGUCAAGGAAGUCAACAAAUCUCACCCUUGAGCAUCUAAACAAGCUACACAUGUCUAACACCCAGGUUGAAGAUAGUCUUGGAGCUAGGAAGAUUGUGGCUUGCAUGUAUUAUUCUCUGCAACCCCACUCAUGGCCGCCCAUACCCCAUCUACAAUAGGCGUCGGUGAAGAAACCUCAACAGCAAAUCAACGUUAUCAGGUGCUCGUAAUGUUGCUGCAAAAGGAAAGGACAGGCUGUUGCCGUGCCUUCUCCGGGUACUGUACCGGCAGAUAGAAGAAGUACCACAGAAGCCACUAGGAAGGUAAACAAUAUUCAGUUAGGUUUAGUCUUCUCUCGAUUGCGCACCGGAGGUAAGUCUCUUGAACACUACAACAAAAUUACGUCUAGGAAUAUUAGUAAUUGCUUAGCCUGAAUGGUUUAAUAUUGGUUUUAACAUCUGAGCUUCAUAUUGUGUUAACAAAUACGAGUUGGCCUCUCGUUAGUUGACCAUAUUUUACCAUAGUCCAAUCCAAUAGAAACCCAUUUCAGGAUUGAUAGACGUCACAACACUCUUCCAUUGGUACAACAACAUCAUUUUUAAUUUUUCUUGUUAAUUUUUGUUAUUGUAAUCUUGUAUAGUGUGUUUAGCCUGUCAUAUUUUUGUCUUAGUAGCUUAUAUAUGUUCUUAUAUGUAUCAUUCUGUUUAGGAUUUUUUACUAGCAUUUAGAAUAGAUUUGUUUCAAAAAAAAAAAAAAAGAUGUCUGGAUUUUGGUCUGCAACUGGGGAUGAGAACAAAUCCAUUAGAGAACUUGCUUAUGGGCACACUUCACGUUAUGAUCCUCCCACAGACCAUGAUGUCAAUAGUUAUAUGGAUUGUUAUGGACAUUUUCAUAGUCCUGAGCCUCAAUACUUGAACCCUAAUGAUUAUGCGCACAUGUACCAAUCGCUACAGGGAGAAAAUGAACAUUUUUGUAAUGCCCAGCUCACACAAUCAUCACUUUUGGAACAGUUAGAAGCUCAAAUCACAGCCUUAGAAAUGCAAAUACGUGAGAAAUCUGUCGCAUCUAAUUCACCUAGGAAAUCUGAAAUGCAUGCUUGUACCUUGUGUGGUAGCUUAAGCCAUCUUGUUGAGAACUGUUAUAUUUUGCAUGCUUAUAGGCAAUCUAGAGAAGGCCAUGAAAAUCCAAAAUAUGAAAUGCUCACAGAUUACGAAGCUAGUAGUCAUUGGGACCAUAAUCAACCUUUCGAAGGUUGCGAUCAGUAUUUUAUAAAUCCCAAUGACCAUGCACACAUGUAUCAUCCACCACAGUGGGAAGUUGAAACUUUUUGUACUUCCUCGACCUCUUGUAGGCAAUCUGUGGAAGAAAAUCUCGUACUCAUCGAACCUAGGUUUGAAUUGAAUUUAUUGCAUGAUAAACCAUAUAGCAAUGCUUCUGAAUUUUCUUUCUGUAGCGACCCUCAUGCUCAACCAUAUACUGAAUACCCAUAUGCUAUCAGGAUACCUACUGUUGAAGACUUUCCUUCCAUGGAAAAAAUUAAUGCAUAUUUGGAUAUGAUUCUGCUUCAUGUACAAAAGGAGGGAAGGGAGGAAUGUCAACAUGAAACCUUUGUUUCUCCAAAGGAACUCAAUUCUGAAAAUAGUGUUUGUUACCCUACUGUUGAAAAUUGUAAUGCAUAUUCACCUACUUUGGAGGUAGAUGUACAGGUAGAAAACACUAAUAGUUUGGACGAGAUAAGAUUUUCCUGUAUUUUUGAUGAUGAUGAUGAUAUGGUAUUAAAUGAGGUUGCAAUUGUGAAAAAUAAAAUUGCAGAGUUUCGCGACUCUGAAACAUUAGAACACAUUGUAGAAACCUCCACUGCUGGUAAUUCCUUUGAUCCUCAUACAUCUCAGUCUUUAUACGCGGGUGAUAUUAUUGAUGACUUGGAGCUGGUGCAAUUAUUUUGUGAAAGAAAGCAUGACUUAGGUCAGGUUGAAAUUUCUGUUGACACUAAUGUUCAUAUGCAUGAAAAUAUAUUUGAUGUGUCUGAUUCCCUGCCUAGGUCACAUCAUGAUAUUUCUUUUGAUUUGCCAAUACAUGAGACUAAAGUUUUGAAUGAUGCUGAAUUGGGGUUUGCUGAUUUGUUCAAUGAAAAUGAACAUGAUAUGCUUGUUUCUGACUUUAGGAGAGUGUGUGUUGGUACUAGUGAUUAUAUACAUGAAAAUAACUUAGACGUACCAACUUCCCUGCCCAUGUCACACACUGGUAAUCUUGCACCCAACCUAGAUUUGGUUUGUAACAAAAUUGUAAAACCAACUUUGCUAAGAGGACCUAAUCUAGGAUUGGAACUGUGUGCCUCCCAAGUCCUCUUGGACUAUUUUGCAUCAAAGUAUAACACCUUUAAGGAGGCACAGUUGGAAUGCGCUCUUGCUUCUCUGCCCGUUCAUAAUACAGUUCAUUUUGAACUAGACCUUGUGCAUGAUGAACCUCCAAAACUGCGAGAUUUUGUGCCCAAAAGUAUAUCCGUUGAAAAAUCCAGGUUUGGGGAUAGCUCAUUUUGUUUUGCAGCCUCGCUUGCAUUUCUGUGUUAUCAUAAUUGUGUGAGGCUGUUAAAAUUUCUGCACUCCGUCUUUUGGGUUGAUCCUCAACUCUUUAGACUGUUAAUGUAUGGUGAAUUUUUCUUGUGUAUAAUCCAGUAGGUAAUUUUUCUAUCUCAAAUCAGUUUCAUUUUUCUUUUGUAUAUAUUGUGCUAAUCCAAUGUGAUCUUAGCUGAAAAAUGUUGGAUUCUAGCCGUGAAUAUUGGAGUUCAGUUCUUUCUUUCGUCAAAUCUGGUAAUCUCGUUCCUUUCCUCUACUCAACAUGGUUCUCUUGGUAUGUUUUAGUAUAAUUUUUUUUAUCUUUCGAAACAUCGAGGACAAUGUUUAGUUUAGGUUUGGGGGUGAAAAGUGGAUACCAUGUGACUGUCACUGUGCUAUAGUUGAAAUUAAACUCUGCCAUGUUAAAAAAAAUAAAAAAUGAAUAAAUUGUUGAGCUCAUCUAUCUUGAUCUGUGAUGCCUGCGCGUAUAUGUUAGGGUUCUCGAUCUAGAUGACGAGGCACUCGUUUGAGAACUUUCUGAUUCUAGCAUUAUAACAUGCGAGUUCAAUUUAUUAAUUUUUUUUUUGAAACUUUUUGAACAUGUGAUCUGAACUUGCACCUGCACGGUCUAUCAAGGAUGUAAAGCGUCUGCUUUGCGUAAUCCAGUAGACUGCCAAUCAUCUAGAAUACCGAUGAGACUUGACUAGCUUGUUCUUUGGUCGACUGUGAUAGUAUUAGGUUAUACGUUAUGAAAAGCGACCAUUGAAUGUUACUGUGUGCAUCGAAAAGGGCUACCUCUUGCAAAAUUGUGAUACAUCUUUUUGUUUUUCUUACUAUUAUCUUAAAAGUGUUGUAUCAUCGUCAACUUGUUCUUGACUCUCUUACCAAAAAAAAAAGAAUAGUCGGAAAAAUUCAAAAAAAGAAAAAAAAAUACCAAAAAAAUAAAUCAAAAAUCAAAAGAAUAUGAUAAGAGAGUCUGUUCUUCAUCUUGUGCUCUCUUAAGUCAGUAUUUCUUUAAUUUUGUUUCAAAGUAGUCAAAGUAAAUAGUCAGUCAGUGCAUAUGUUGUAAUUAGUCUUUGUAUAUCUCAUGUAAAUAGUCUUGUAAUAAGCAAGGGAGGGUGUAUGCCAUCGAUGUACAAAACGGGUAAGCUGAAAUAUCACCAACACUUUAGGUGAACAUUCACAUCUCCCAUAAAGCUAGCUUGUCUUUGAAUCGGUCCAACUAUCUCUUAGUAUUGGCAGUCAUGACUUAGGUUGAUAAAUCAGUUUCUAUGCAUGCUCAUGAUAGAAUUACACUUUACACUCUUAUCACAUGUUAACUAUUUGAACUCUUGGAUUUCAAAAUAUUUUUUGUGCUGGAAUCAGUGUGUGUCACUUGUGCCUUUGAAAGCUAGAUUGACAGAUCCAUUUUGUUGUGAGCUUAAACUUAAAAGCAGGUGUCACACAUCAUACAAGGUGAGCUCUCUUUUGACAUAGAACUUUGUGGGUAUGUUCUAAGCAAACCCUCACGAGACUUCAACUCGUCCACUAGGGACGCUUAGUGGUUUAAAGGGCUUAUUGCAUUCACUAAAUGCAAUCGACAGACCAGCGACAGUGGUAUAGGUAGGAUUUUCUUAAUUUUUUGUUUGCUCGAGGACGAGCAAAAUUCAGGUUUGAGAGUGUGAUUUGUGCCUAAUAAUGCAUAUUUGUGUAUCAUUUUGUUAUCUUUUAUCACAUCUUAGUGCUUUAAUGUCACAUUUUAAGUGAAAUUAUGUAUUUUCUG